GCCGCCCCUGCCGUUAGGUGGUGGGGCUGCUCUGCCCGGCGGCGGGAGGCGGGCCGGCCUCGGCUUCCUGUCGGAGGACGCGCAAGGAUCCGGGCGUCGGAGUGUGUGCGAGUGCGCGAGUGUGUGUGUGGGUCGCGCGGCGUGUGUCUCCGGCCGCGGGUUCCGCCUCCUCCCCUGCCGCCGCGGCUCGCGGUGUAAGUCAAUGUGAAGCAGCAGCUCCAGCCCCGGGAUAAACAUGGCGACGUCUCUGCAUGAGGGACCCACGAACCAGCUGGAUCUGCUCAUCCGGGCCGUGGAAGCAUCAGUUCAUAGCAGCAAUGCACACUGUACGGAUAAGACCAUUGAAGCUGCUGAAGCCCUGCUUCAUAUGGAAUCUCCUACCUGCUUGAGAGAUUCAAGAAGUCCUGUGGAAGUGUUUGUCCCUCCUUGUGUAUCAACUCCAGAAUUUAUCCAUGCUGCUAUGAGGCCUGAUGUCAUUACAGAAACAGUAGUGGAGGUGUCAACUGAAGAUUCUGAACCGAUGGAUACCUCUCCUAUUCCUACAUCACCGGAUAGCCAUGAACCAAUGAAAAAGAAAAAAGUUGGUCGUAAACCAAAGACCCAGCAAUCGCCAAUUUCAAAUGGGUCUCCUGAGUUAGGUAUCAAGAAGAAACCCAGAGAAGGAAAAGGAAACACAACCUACUUGUGGGAGUUUCUUUUAGAUCUACUUCAAGAUAAAAAUACUUGUCCCCGGUAUAUUAAAUGGACUCAAAGAGAAAAAGGCAUCUUCAAGCUCGUGGAUUCAAAGGCUGUCUCCAAGCUUUGGGGAAAACAUAAGAAUAAGCCAGACAUGAACUAUGAGACUAUGGGACGAGCUUUGAGAUACUACUACCAAAGGGGGAUUCUUGCCAAGGUUGAAGGACAGAGGCUUGUGUAUCAGUUCAAGGAUAUGCCCAAAAACAUAGUGGUCAUAGAUGAUGACAAAAGCGAGCCCUGUAAUGAAGACUUAGCGACAGCUGCUGAAGAGAAGUCCUUGGAACGAGUGUCACUGUCUGCAGAAAGUCUUCUGAAAGCUGCAACUUCUGUUCGCGGGGGGAAAAACUCGUCUCCUAUAAACUGCUCCAGAGCAGAGAAGGGCGUAGCUAGAGUUGUGAAUAUUACUUCCCCUGGUCCUGAUGCCUCGUCCAGGUCUCCUACCACCAGCACAUCUGUGUCUGCCACUGCAGCUCCAAGGACAGUUCGUGUGGCAAUGCAAGUACCUGUUGUAAUGACAUCAUUGGGUCAGAAGAUCUCAACUGUGGCGGUUCAGUCCGUUAAUGCAGGUGCACCGCUAAUUACCAGCACUAGCCCAACAACAGCAACCUCUCCAAAGGUAGUCAUUCAGACAAUCCCUACUGUGAUGCCAGCCUCUUCUGAAAAUGGAGACAAAAUCACCAUGCAGCCUGCCAAAAUCAUCACCAUCCCAGCUACACAACUUGCACAAUGUCAACUGCAGACAAAGUCAAAUCUGACUGGGUCAGGAAGCAUUAACAUUGUUGGAACUCCAUUGGCUGUCAGAGCACUUACCCCUGUUUCCCUAGGCCAUGGUACACCAGUAAUGAGACUAUCAGUACCUACUCAGCAGGCCUCUGGCCAGACUCCUCCCCGAGUUAUCAGUGCGGUCAUAAAAGGACCAGAGGUUAAAUCAGAAGCAGUGACAAAAAAGCAAGAACAUGAUGUGAAGACGUUGCAACUGGUAGAAGAAAAGCCUGCAGAUGGAAGUAAGACAGUAACCCACGUAGUGGUGGUCAGUGCGCCUUCAGCUAUUGCCCUUCCUGUAACUAUGAAAACAGAAGGACUGGUGACAUGUGAGAAAUAAAAUAGCUGCACCAUGGACCUAGACUGAGUGGUAAACAUUCACAAAGGAGGUCAUCAAGAAAAGUCCAAGGAAGACUUUAAAACAUUUUUAUUGCAUAUAAGAAAACAAUCACACUUACUGGAAGUAUAUUACCUAUCCCAUGUUUCAGUGGGAGAUGAACUACAUGUUGAGAUGCUGACAGAAAACUGCCUCUUACAGUAGGAAACAACUGAACCCAUCAAUAGGAAAAGGAUUGAAAGGGACCAAGCAGCUCACUACAAUAUCGAGUCACACUAAGAGUUGGAACACUAACAUUCUGUAAGAGGUUACAUGGUUUUCAGUGGGAGGGGUUGGGAUGGGUGAUCUCAUUGUUACAUAUAGCAAUUUUUGAUGCAUUUUAUAUGCAUACCAGCAAUUAUUACUGUGGUCACACAGUAUACACUUAACUGGUGCUAUGUGAAGACUCUGCUAAUAUAGGUAUUUUAGAAUGUGAAUUGAAUGGAUCCAAAAGCUUCAGAAAGAGGAUAGCAAAAAAGAUCUAGUGCGAUUUUUUUAUAUAUAUAUACAUAUAUACAUAUAUAUAUAUAUAUAUCAUAUAGCUUAAGCUGAUUUAAAACAAAGGCCUUAGACUAAUUUUCGGUUUUCUUUCUUGAAAUAAGCUAAUGGCUUGUUUGUGUAAAGCUUUUUUUAUUAAAAGAAAAAUUUAAAAAAUCUUGUACCUAGCACAGUAUUGUUAUAGAAUUUACAUGUAACAUUUUAUAUGGUAGUUUAAGUCUGUCAGUUUCUUAAUUGUGGACAAAUUAACAGUUGGCCCUGGCCUUUUGCUGUAACCUGCCUGUGUCACUCACUCAGCCCUGGCGUCUGUGCAGACAUAUCAGUUUCAGUUCUGUCACGUGGAAGUUCAGGCUCAGCAUGGAUUUUUGUCAGGUAGCUCUAAAACCUGGAGCUAGCUAGCUUUUCUCUCUGUCUUUCUCUGUGUCUCCCUCCCUCUCCUUACUCCUCCCUCUCUUUCCUGCCCCCUUCCCCCUUAUUUCUCUACUUUUCUUUUCUUCUUUUAUUUUUUAGUUGAUGUUUAAGAGGGAAAGUACCAGUGUUCAGAUUUGAACUAUAAUAGUUUGUAUAUUCAACAUUUGAAGUAUAUUCUAUUUUGUUGUACUCUUGUUUCAAAGUGUAUUCAAGUAGGUUUUAUGAAAUAUAGAAAUGAAAUUUAUCUUGUG